GCUGCAUAUGGAUCUACUCUCAGCCCUCUCACCUGGGGUCCAGCUCGCAGCCUCUGGUCUCCUCCAGACUCGCCUGUUCCUGGAUCAUGCCUUCCCAGCAGCAGCAGCAGUGUGCGCCUCAAGCCCAGCAGCAGCAGGUGAAGCAGCCCUGUCAGCCACCUCCUACCCAAUGUCAAGAGGCCUGUGUUCCCAAAACCAAGGAUCCAUGUACUCCUCAGGCCAAGAAACAAUGCCCAGAGAAGAGCACUGCUAGCCCAGCUCAGCACAAGUGUCCUUCUGCCCAGCAAGUUACUAAGUGUAAACAGAAGUAAGGAUGGACUGGAAACCACUACCCAGGCCACUAGCUGGAGCCUUGCAUUCCUCCUGCUCCUAUUCCCACUGGCUCCAAGAUUUCCCAUCCUUCUACCUAUGUCCAAUGAAGCAGCAUUGUAAGACUCCACAUCAAACUCCUUAUUAUAUGCACUCUUUUUUUUUCCUCCAAGGCUUCUUCUAUAUGAUGUCUCCCAAGUGGCCAUGAGAGAAAAUUCAGCCUCUCCAGUAUCUUUAUUGAUCAUAAUUAUGGCCUUAUCCAUUCCAAAUUACAAAACAACGGUGUAUCAGGCUUCUUCUAGAGCUCUAGCCAGAGCUGAUGUCUCAA